AUGGUCAGAUGUAAUUUUAUUUUGGUAAGAUAAGAUAAUAGUUUGUUAAAAUAAACAUCUAUUUAUCAUUUCACAAUGGACGAAGCUAACAAUGUAGCAGAUGCUUUGGAAGAACCCAUUCAGUUCUCAAAAGGAAUAAACCUCAAAGAACUGUUGACUUCGAACACCGAGUUCUGCAUAGACCUGGAUUACAAGAAUACACAUAAAGCUAUGAAGGCCGAUCCUCUUCUGAACGAUGACUUGUUUGGCGUGGAUGAUGAUGAUGAAGAAAGUGACAUCCUCAAGACCUUGGAGCAGACUACAGAGUAUGGCAUGCUGUCCAGCCCGGAGUACCACUCAUUUGACGAGCUAGGAGCCAAGAUGACAGACUGCAUACCAACCGGGGAAUGCAAGAUGUUGGUAUUAGAAGAAGGUGACGCAAAGAACCCGCUAGUACCCUAUGAUGCAGAGGUGACUAUCCACUAUGCAGCAUACUGGGAGAAGGAGAAGAUACCUUUCGACUCUACGCUCACCAUGAACUUUGGGAAACCCCAGAAACACCGGCUGGGCGACGGCAGGCUGAUCCCCGGGUUGGAGAUAGCGCUGACGCUGGUGCGCGGCCCGGCGGCGCGGCUGCUCGUGCUGCUGGAGCCCGCGCUGGCGUGGGGCGCGCGGGGCGUGCCGCCGCGCAUCCGCGCCGAGCGCGCGCUCUUCGUCAUCACCCUGUAUGACGUCCAGGACCGCGCCACUCCUGAACAGUUCAACAGCCUUCCGAAGGAAGAGCAGAAGAAGUACGAAAACAUCAUGAAGACGGUUGAAAGUUUGCACGCGGAAGCGAAAAAGCUAUUCUCGAAGAAAAAAUACAAACCGGCCAGGAACAAUUACCAGCAUUCCAUGUUGAUACUCAAUUCUGCCAACCCAGAAAAUGAACUCCAAGAGGAUAAUAUUAAAAAGUUUAGGAUUAACACCUAUGUCAACUUAGCUAUGUGUUAUUGUAAACUUAACAAACCGAACUACGCCAUUUCGAUGCUAGAAAAUUUAGAUUAUGUGUCAGAUGUUGAUAAACAUUGUAAAGGAUUAUUUUACUACGGAAAAGCGUAUCAAUUAUUGGGAAACAACGAAGAAGCAUUGAAAUAUUACAAGAAAGCUUUAACGCUGGAGCCUAGAAACAAAGACAUUGGUAAAACACUGGCUGAAUUGGAUGAGUAUCUGAAAAAGACAGCGGUAAAAGAAAAAGAGCUGUGGCAGAACGCCUUCCAGUCGACGCCUGCGAAAAAAGAAAGUAUUGUCUAUGAUGUUGAACAGGAAUUCGAAAAUGGCGUACGCAAAAUGUGCCAAGAUCUGACAGAGAGAAACGAAUAUGCCAAAUUUGAUCUGCCAACAGGUCUUUCUAGGGAUGAAGUUAUGUGUAUCAAGUCUCUAAUUAGGGAUUUUGAGGGUCUGGUUCUAGUGGAAAAUGGCGAAGGUAAAAGGAAAAAGAUGUCUAUUAUUAGGAAGUUAUUGUAAAAAUGUUUGGUUUUGGGUUCCGUACCCAAAGGGUAAAACGUGACCCUAUUACUAAGACUCCGCUGUCCGUCCGUCCGUACGUCUGUCACCAGGCUGUAUCUCACGAACCGUGAUAGCUAGACAGUUGAAAUUUUCACAGAUGAUGUAUUUCUGUUGCCGCUAUAACAACAAAUACUAAAAAGUACGGAACCCUCGGCGGGCGAGUCCGACUCGCACUUGUCCGGUUUUAUUAAUAAC